GGAAGUCGCCGUACCGUCUCCCGGUCGCUGCGAACGAUGGCUUCCAAACCGCUUCUUCUCAGGCGGCUCUCGAGAGCCCUCCAGCGCCGCCCGCGUCCUUCUCCGGUCGGCGCGUCCCCUCGCGAGCUUCUCGUGGCAUCCGGAGCGCCGCGAGGCUCCGCCGGUCGUGCCGGCCUCCCGUCUCGACGCGUCUCUCGAAGCUUCUCGUCCGGCCCGUUGGGCGUCGGCGAUCCCCCGGGCCCUGCCGCCAUUGACUAUCGUUCUUUACUGCAGGAGGAUGAGUUCCACAGGCUAGCAGAUUCCACCAUCCAUGACCUGCAAGAGAAGUUUGAGGAUUAUGGGGAUGACGUUGAGAUUGAUGGGUUUGAUAUAGACUAUGGGAAUGAUGUUUUAACCCUCAAAAUUGGGGAAUUAGGCACGUAUGUAUUGAACAAACAGACACCAAACCGGCAAAUUUGGCUCUCCUCUCCAGUGAGUGGUCCGUCUAGAUUUGAUUGGGAUCAGGAGUCUCAGUCAUGGGUUUACAGAAGAACCAAGGCUAAUCUUUUGAAGGUCCUAGAGACAGAGUUGGAGAAUCUCUGCGGUCAACCUAUUAGUCUCUCCUAGCAAAUGUUAGUUUCCAUUUUUAGUUCUCUUCCUCAAAUAAAAAACUUUGAGAGGACUGCUGCUUGAUGUAAGACCCUGGCUAAGCUUUUAUUAAUGUGCUGUUUAUGGGUGUGAAAUCACAGUCUCUUGGCCUGUACUGAGCUUCUAACCAUUGAAGCACUGAACCCCAUCCAUUGAUCUAAGGGCCGAUUUGCUCUAA